GCAUAUGCAGCUGACGAUCCGACCCAUCAAUCAUUAAUUUGCCGCAUUGUCGACCUGCAGUGCAGCUCGCGCGCGGUACGGUACGCGAAUUCAACGUGCUGCUUUCUCCGAAUCGAAUGGCUGGUUGUAUCAUCAUCCAUGUCAUCUAUCGACCGACUUCAACCUCAUAAACCUGACGUUACUUUCUUCGGUGAAGUUGUGCCAACAAAACACCCGACAAAAUGUUGAACAUUCAAGAAGAAUUCGACGAGUGUGAAAGAAAAGGGACAUGGAGGAUGGAAUUUCAGAAAAUCAACAUUGCAAGUCACCAGUACGAUUACAGUACCACAGAGGCCAAGAAAGAAGUGAACAAACCAUACAACAGAUAUAGAGACGUCAGCCCAUACAACCACACACGCAUAGUACUCGGUAAUGGGACCUCUGAUUACAUCAACGCCAGCUUGGUAACGGAGACACGAGCCAACCGUAGAUACAUCCUCGCUCAGGGUCCCCUUCCCACGACAAUUGGACAUUUCUGGCAGAUGAUAUGGGAACAGAAAAGCAAGGCAGUCAUUAUGCUCAAUAACAUCAUUGAAAAGGGAACGAGGAAAUGUGCGCAGUAUUACCCCGUCAAUCACAGCAACUUACAGACGAUACAGUGCGAGCAAACAGACCUGCAAGUCAGCAUCUUGAGGGAAGACGAACAUUCCUUUUACACCGUCCGAACCUUGGAACUCAAAAACAGAAAAACAAACGAGUCCACAGAGGUCCUUCAUCUUCACUACACCCGAUGGCCAGAUUUCGGCGUCCCCAAAUCCCCCGAGGCAUUCCUGAAGUUUCUCCACCACGUACGGCAGACAGGGUCCUUGUCUGAAGACGUGGGGCCUCCCGUCAUUCAUUGCAGUGCCGGGAUUGGACGGUCUGGUACAUUCUGCUUGGUAGACACGUGUUUAGUACUGAUAGAGAAAGCAGGCCACCUGAAUGGGGUCAGCGUGAAGGAGCUCCUGCUGGAGAUGCGGCGGUGCAGGAUGGGACUGAUACAGACCCAUGACCAGCUGCGCUUCAGCUACCUGGCUAUCCUAGCCGGGGCCCGGGCAAUUCUGGACGGCAAGGGGCUGGAAUCGUUAGCUCGCGAGGUGAGCCACUCGGACCACACGGAUGGAGAGGAAGAUGCCCCACCACCUCUUCCAAGGAAGUUGAAGCGCCCUCACUCGCCAGGGGAGCAAGACAGCAACGACACGAAGACGGCCAGACAGGAGGACGCAAACGACGUCAAGUCGCAAGACCACGAUGGGAACCCUGGCACAAGCGAGACGGAACUCCGGCGACGUCGGAGAGAAGAGAAGACCCGAGCCAUGCAAGACAAACUCGGCGAGAUAAGAAGUAAGCAGAGGAAGAGUGAAUGGUGGCGCAAGCAUAGGUCGUUAUUCCGCUACUUGGGAGUGGGGCUGGGGCUGGGGCUCGGGGUCUGCGCCCUGUUUUUGUACCGUUGGUUUUACGGUGGGGCGGUGCCCCCGUUACCCCCCAUCAUGGGAGAUGAGCCACCAGCGGUGUACCCAGGGGAUUAGUGGAAGGUGGUGCCCUCGGUUCUUACCAAGUAUCUAUGCCCUGCAAUAGACUAGAAUGAAAAGCACUGUCAUACACGUUCUUUGGAUAUCUCGGAUCUUUUUCUUUUCUUUUUGACGUUAAAUUUGAGAUGCUACUUUGAAAAACGCCUGUCCACCCUCUUCACAGAAAGUGGCAGUGAUCUGUUUUAGUUUUUUCAGCAUUAUGACUUUCUCGGAGAGGUUCCUUCACUAGACUUUUUGCCCUUUUUUUAAAGGAAACAUGUUGAUAAGAUUUUUGCUCUUAUACUUGUAACUUAAGUCAGGUACAUUUAAGUAAUUGACCUGAAUAUGGCCCAUAAAGGAAACAAUUAUUUUUCCCUCUUUAGAGUAGUAUUAAGACUUGUGCGUGAUUUGAGUCCAACUGAAAUGUCACAUUUGAGUACAAAUUUGGCCUGGCCUACAAAAAGGUCGAGAAAGUAGCUUAGUAAUGACCCAAUCACAUGUCGGAGAGGUUCAUGUAGAUCAUGUAGGGAGUUUCGCUAUUAUCAGGGAAAAUGUGUCACACACUUGUCACUAUAAUGGUAUAUUUAACUUACAUAGCUCAGGCUGUUAAUAUAUCCGAGCAAAAAAACCCUGUACAUACCAAUUGGAUUAAGUUUCCAAGGAUUAAUGACAUUUCAAUAUUAAAACACAAGGCUAUGCUGCCUUAUUCCCAUGUGAUGUAUAAAUGCUAAUGUAAAUACUUUUUUUUUUUUAAAGAAAAGUACUAGCUUGUUAUCAGAGCAUACUUACAUGUAAAAUUCUUUCAAUGUACAGAAUAGAAUCCAACGAAACUAAUCCUCAUUUCUAAAUGUCUCCUGGAA